UUUUCAGGCUCACUUUCUCCUUCAUUUACUCGCCACUCUACUACUAUAUUACUCCAAUUAAACAUGCAAAAUGAUUCACACACCCAAUUAAAUAAUAUGGAUGCGAUUGCGACGCUACCGGGUUUUAGGUUCUAUCCGACGGAGGAAGAACUGGUGUCGUUCUAUCUCCAUCACAAGCUCAGAGGCACAAGACUGGAGGAAAUCGACACCCUCAUCCCACUCCUCGAUAUUUACCAAUAUAAUCCAUGGGACCUUCCACUUGGGUUGGAGAGCGAGCAGUGGUUCUUCUUCAGCCAGCGGGAAGCGCGCGGCGGAAGGCCGAGCCGGCUGACGUCGGAGGGGUACUGGAAGGCGACGGGGUCCCCCGGCGACGUCUACUCUUCACACAACGGCAGUGUGAUCGGCCGGAAAAGAACGAUGGUCUUCUACGUCGGAAGGGCUCCAAACGGGACCAAAACCCCUUGGAAAAUGAACGAGUACUUGCCUCCUCCUAAUUCACAGCCUCAGUUAAGCCAAGAACUCAGCUUAUGCCGAAUAUACAAAAACUCAAGAAGCCUGAGGGCAUUCGACCGACGGCCGCCUCCGCCUCCCGACGUUGUUAAUCCAAUAUUUCAUCAUGAAUCACUGGAAAAUCAAAAUGACCACUCCUUCCAUGUAUGAAGGAUAUAUAUUCUUAAUUUCUGUAAUAAUUUAAUUUCAGAAUCUCUAGAUAGGUUUAUUUUGGGGAGUUCGGCCACUAUAUGACUCUAUGUGACGUGUUAAUUCAUUUCAUUUACGAAAAUAUAUACACGUACCUUACUAAA